AUGAAGAACUUCCUAGUCUUAGCUUCUUUCGCUGCGCUGCUGGCCACCUCCAACGGCGCCGCGGUCGUUAAGAGAGACGACAUCGACUUCGAGGAGCUCGAGCACUACUGGUCCUACGGCCGCUCCGAGCCCGUCUACCCCAGCCCCCAGAUUUCUGGCGUCGACGACUGGGCCGAGGCGCUUAACAAGGCCAAGGCGCUCGUCGACCAGAUGACCAACGAGGAGAAAAACAACGUCACCUACGGCUAUUCGGUGACCACGACCGGCUGCUCUGGUAUGUCGGGCAGCGUUCCUCGGCUCAACUUCCCUGGCCUGUGUCUGCAGGACGCCGGUAACGGUGUCCGUGGCACAGACAUGGUCAACUCGUACCCAGCAGGCCUGCAUGUGGGCGCCUCGUGGAACAAGGGCCUGGCGUACGAAAGAUCGCUCCACAUGGGUGGAGAGUUCCGCAACAAGGGCGUCAACGUCGCGCUGGGCCCUGUGACAGGCCCCGUCGGCAAGAUCGCCCGCGGCGGCCGCAACUGGGAGGGCUUCUCGAACGACCCGUACCUGUCGGGCGCCCUGACGGGCGAGACCAUCCGCGGCCUGCAGGAGUCGGUUAUUGCGUGCGUCAAGCACCUGGUGGCCUACGAGCAGGAAGCCAGCAGAAACCCGCAGUUCGGCCUGAUCGAGGGCACCCACAACCAGUCGAUCUCGUCCAACGUCGACGACAAAACCAUGCACGAGCUGUACAUGUGGCCGUUCCAGGACGCCAUCAAGGCCGGCGCCGGUUCUGUCAUGUGCAGCUACAACAGAAUCAACAACUCGUACGCGUGCGAGAACAGCAAGGUGAUGAACGGCCUGCUCAAGGAGGAGCUUGCGUUCCAGGGCUUUGUGGUGUCUGACUGGGACGCCCAGCACUCUGGCAUUGCCAGCGCCGAGUCGGGGCUCGACCUUGCCAUGCCCGACUCUGUUUUCUGGGAGAACGGCACACUGGUCGAGGCCAUCAACAACGGCACCAUGGCGCAGAGCAGACUCGACGACAUGGUCACCCGUAUUGUUGCCGCGUGGUACAAGCUCGCCGAGAUCGAGGACCCUGGUUUCGGCCUGCCGUACGACCUGACCCAGCCGCACGACCUGGUCGACGCACGUGACCCGGCCUCUGCAGACACCAUUUUGCAGGGAGCCGUCGAGGGCCACGUUCUGCUCAAGAACAAGGACAACGCGCUGCCGCUCAAGAAGCCUCGCGCGCUCGGCCUGUAUGGCUACGACGCCACUGCCAGUGCCAGAAACUUCCUGUUGGGCACGAGUCUCGAGCUCUGGAAUUUCGGGCUCACCAACACGCUUACCUACUCCAACGGCACCGACAUCAACAUCGAAGACAUCUGGAGGCUGUUCCUGUCGUCGUACGACCCUACGCAGAGCGGCCCCGACGUUGCUCUGAACGGCACAUUCUUUGUCGGCUCUGGCUCCGGUGCCAACACGCCGUCCUACGUCGAUGCUCCGUACGACGCCUUUGUGCGCCAGGCCAAGCAGGACGGCACGUGGCUCAGCUGGAACUUCAUCGACCAGGACCCAAAGGUCAACGGCGGCAACGACGCCUGCAUCGUCUUCAUCAACGACGCCUCGUCCGAGGGCUGGGACAGACCAACGCUGCGCGACGACUACUCUGACGAGCUCGUCAAGAACGUCGCUUCCAAGUGCAGCAACACCAUCGUUGUGGUCCACAACGCCGGUGUGCGCAUUGUGGACAGCUGGAUCGACCACGAGAACGUGACUGCCCUGGUGUUUGCUCACCUGCCGGGCCAGGACUCCGGCCAGGCUCUGAUCGACGUGCUGUACGGCAACCAGUCUCCAUCUGGUAGACUGCCAUACACCGUGGCCAAGAACGAGUCCGACUACGGCAGCCUGCUGAGCCCUAUCGUCCCAGAGGGCACCGUCGACCAGUACUACCCUCAGGACAACUUCACCGAGGGCCUGUACAUCGACUACAAGCACUUCCUCAAGUACAACAUCACGCCGCGCUACGAGUUCGGCUACGGUCUCACGUACACGACGUUUGACUACGCCAACAUCUCCAUCACCAAGCAGGGCGCAGACACCGCCCAGUUCCCUCCAGAGGCCACGCUCGUCCAGGGAGGCAACCCUAACCUGUGGGAGGUGGUUGCCACGGUCACGUGCGACGUCACGAACUCGGGCAACGUCACUGCCGCCGAGGUGGCCCAGCUGUACGUGGAGAUCCCUAACGGUCCGGGCCGCGUUCUGCGUGGCUUCGACAAGGUCUCCAUCGCCCCUGGCGAGACCCAGACGUUUGUGUUUGACCUGACCCGGCGUGACUUGAGCACGUGGGACGUCGAGAACCAGAACUGGGCCCUGCAGCAGGGCGACUACGCGGUCUACGUCGGCAAGAGCGUCCUGGACAUCCAGCUGACGGGCACGUUGUCCAUCUAG